AGUCAAACGCAAUGCGGAGUCAGUGUGACGAAGUGCGUCGUGCGCAGCGGCAGCGUUUUUCCUCGUUUUUCCCCUUCUCUUAGAAACCCCAAGAAAUUCGAGAAAUUAUUGUAUCUGCAUGUGAAUGCGUGCGGGCAGUGAAAGAUACAGAUACAGUUACAUCUUUGGCCACACAUGUGUGUUCGUUGGCAGGAAAACCAUGCAUUCGCAGUGAAGUUUUGAAAAAGAAAAUAGAGCGAGUUUUAAAGCGAAAAAUAAACCAAUUAAAGUGGAAAAAAAUCUAUUAGGAAGCAAGGAAGUGAAAUGGAAAACUUGCAAUUGGAAAAUGGUUUGGAAAGGAGGACCAGCCAGAGCUCGACUUCAUCAGCGAAUCAGGCGAAUCCUGCAAGUCCUGGCCAGGAAUGCGGCUGUGUACGGCUGGGCAAAUGCAAAUGGUUCAACGUGGCCAAAGGAUGGGGCUUCCUUACCCCCAACGACGGCGGCCAGGAAGUGUUCGUCCAUCAGAGCGUCAUCAAGAUGUCCGGUUUCCGGUCACUAGGCGAGCAGGAAGAAGUGGAGUUCGAGUGCCAGCGUACCGAGCGCGGUCUGGAGGCCACCAGAGUGUCUGGAAGGCAGGGCGAGAGCUGCCACGGCAGCACCUACAGGCCACGCAUAAAUCGCCGAACUCGCCGCAUGCGCUGCUACAACUGCGGCGAAUUCGCCAACCACAUUGCCUCCGAAUGCGCCUUGGGUCCUCAGCCGAAACGUUGUCAUCGCUGCCGCGGAGAGGACCAUCUGCAUGCCGACUGCCCGCAUCGCAGUGCGAACCAAAACCACAGCAACAAUAGUAGUAGCAGUGGAACCCAAGAGAAAAGCGAAGAGGCUACCUAGGAAAUGCUAGGGGAAUGAUCCUGGGACACAGGAUUGGUAGUUGGAAGUUAAAAACUUCUUUGACAAGUACAAAAUGGAAAUCUAAGAAAAAACACGCAUCAAAUCAAAGAAACCCACGUACAACAAAACUAGCUACUACUUUUAGAUAUUAGAGGGGAUAUUAAACUUAACCCCAAAAAUCAACAUAUACUAAGUUUAUCCCCUAUUUUAAUAUUACUUUCUAAGAACCAUAGAUACUAAGGUUUUUGACUACAGUACGAGUAAAUGAAUUAAGUUAGAAA